ACGCAGUAAAAAAAAACAAAAGAAAUAAAAGAAAAGAAAUGUAUCAAAAGUAAAUUUAGAAGUUGUCAGUUGUGUUCAUCCGUAACUAUCAGUACAACGACCGAACAGGAACAUAAUUUAACUUAAUUUGACCACAAACCUGUACAAUUGUAUAAAAGCUGCGAACAAAAUUAUCUUUUGAAGGAAUUACACAGAGUCAAAGUAGCUUUGAUUUACUAUCAAGCGGAGUAUACACAAGAAGAAUGAAGAUCUCUAUAUGUUCAGUCAUCUUAGUGGUGCUGGUGUCCAUUGGAGCCAACAAGGCAAAUGACGGAAUGAUUAAAGACAACAUGCAUAUACAUACGCUGGUGAAAAGAGCUCCUGCAUGUGGAUAUGCAAGUUGCUCAUAUCUUGCAUGCUGUUAUGGUUAUAGCUGCAUAUCUGGAUUCUGCAAAACAUGUACAGGAAGAAAUUGCACAUCUAAUAAUGACUGUUGUGAUAACUACACCUGCUCCUACAAGAAAUGCAUCAAAAAGAGAACGGGAGGUGGAGGUGUACCACCAAAAUCCAAUACACAUCAACACUAGUGCAAUGAUAUAGAUAUUAUUUAUAUGAUCUUAUUAUCAUAUCAAAAGUUUAAAGAAUUAAACAAAAUAUUUGUCAA